AACGUUCUCAUUCGUUCCACCUUCUUCCGAGAAUUGAGCUUCAUUAGGGCUUGCAGCGAAAGCUUCGUCCUUUUCGGCUCUCGCUCUGCUUUCGCACCUCUCCUCUCGCUCCUUUGUUGCUGCGCCUGGAACACCACUCUGGACCAUGGCCCCAAAGAAGAAGGAGGCGCCCGCUGCAGCCAAGCCCGCUAAGAGCGGCGGCGGUGGCAAGCAGAAGAAGAAGAAGUGGAGCAAGGGGAAGCAGAAGGAGAAGGUCAACAACAUGGUGUUGUUUGACCAGGGCACUUACGACAAAUUGCUUUCGGAGGUUCCCAAGUUCAAGCUGGUUACUCCUUCCGUGCUGUCCGACCGUCUGCGGAUUACUGGGUCUUUGGCAAGGAAAGCCAUUAAGGAGUUGAUGGCGAAAGGGACCAUCCGACUCGUUGCCGCUCACGCGAACCAGCAAAUUUACACUAGAGCUACCAACACAUAGAUUUCUGUUUCGGAUUCCUGUGGAACACCUUGUAAUGAAGUGAUGGAAAUUAUUUGAAGCUUUCUCCUUA